AUGAAUCCAAAUAGUAAUGGUGAUAAUAACAAUCUUGGAAAUCGCGAUUCAGUUCUUCCAGUUAUGUCAGUUACCAGCGACUUUCCCACGCAAAAAAGUAUCGCUCGUGAAUUUACAUUAAAUAGAGAACAACGUGCUGCAUUCAUGAUUAUUACAAGUCAUCUUGAUGGUGAUAGUGACUGUCGUACAGGUGAUAAUAAUGGUCAACUUAUAAUGUGCAUACCUGGAUGUGGUGGUACAGGAAAAUCACAACUUAUUCGGGCUCUUAGUAAAUAUUUCGUUGCCACCAAAAGAAUGCAGAUGAUGCGUAAAUUAGCACCUACUGGAAUUGCAGCUGCUGAAAUUGGUGGUAUGACAAUUCAUUCAUUUUUAGGUGAACAGCGUAAUUCUAGAACGCCACGAACAAUCAAACCAGGUGAUUUAAAACUUGAAAAGGAAUGGCGACUAGUCGAAUAUUUGUUGAUCGACGAAAUGAGUAUGGUUGGUUUACAUCUGUUAGCAAAACUUAAUCGAAUCAUUUGCUCUGCAAAACAUGUCGAUCCUAAUAUUCCAUUUGGUGGCAUAAACGUUAUUUUCUUCGGUGACUAUUUGCAGUACCGACCUAUCUAUGAUGCACCAUUACAUACUGAUUUUUCUUUACCAUCGAAACAAAAAUCAGAUAAAUUGCUCAGUGAAAAAGAACUACAGCAACGCGUUGCACGUUCUUUAAUACUGCAAAUCAACUGUGUUGUAAAACUCACUGAGCAAAUGCGAACGGAAGAUCGUCGAUAUCUUCAGCUUCUCGAUAACCUUCGUCAUGGAAAAUGUGAUCGUGACGAUUAUGAGCUGCUGUUAUCACGAGUUGUAGGUCAACCAUCAGUGAAGUCUCUUUCUGAUUCACCGUGGGAUAAAGCGCCCAUUCUCGUAUUUCGAAACGCAGUACGGACAAAAUUGAACAACAAGGCAGCAAUUCAUAAGGCAGCAGAGAUAGGACAAGCGCUCAUGGUUUGUAUAGCUCAAGACAGUUGUAAAGGCAAACCAAUUGAAGAUCCAAGAUUAGUUAAAAAAUUAUUAGAACUGUGUGAUAGUAAAACAGAGCAUUUACCUGGUCUUUUACCUUUGGUUCCUGGAAUGCCUGUCAUUUUAACACAAAAUAUUGCUAUAGAAUUGGGCCUUAUUAAUGGAAUCUUUCGACAACUUGUUUAUGAAGAAGAUUCUGUUUCAACAGACGUUGUUUCAGAAACAUUUCCUACCAAUACACGAUAUAUACGUAAACCUUUAUACGCCAUAAUUGAAAUCGUCAAAUCGAAGAUUGAAUGUAACUUCGAACAACUUCAAUCAAAUCUCGUUCCAAUACCAUUGAUGGAACAAACAUUUCGCAUUAAUUUAGCUGAUAUUCUACCAAAAGAUAAGAAACCAAAAUCAAAUCACAAGACAUUUUUAUCGAUUAAACGACGUGCAUUACCAAUUGUCCCUGCAUAUGCUAUUACAACACAUAAAAGUCAAGGUCAAACGUUAAAUAAAGUUGUAAUUGAUUUAAAACUACCAAGUGGAACUGACGAUCUUGCUGCAAUUUAUGUACCAUUGUCACGUGUGAAAUGUUCAGAUGAUGCAGCUAUAUUAAGAUAUUUCGAUUACAAAGUUUUAUCAAUCAAACCAGGCAAAUCUCAACUCGCUGAAAUCGAAAGACUAGAUAAAAUAUAUGCAGCGACACAACUGCGUUUUGCUCAGUGGUUCUAA